UCCGCGGAGCAUCCCGCCCGCGUUCUCCGGAGGUCCAGCGCGGUUGCCGCGGAGACCGCCCGGCCAGGGACUGCGCAGGCGCAGCGUCCCGUUGCUAGGACAGCCUCGAGCCGCGGAGCCGCCAGGGAAGUUCCGAGCCUGAGGCGCCUUCCCCGGAGCCUGCCAGCCCRGCUCGGUGCCUGCUGCGACCACAGCUCCCGCCGGGGCCCUUCCCUGCCUGUAGUGAGGGGCUGUCCCGCUCCCACCCUGCCCAGCACCGCGACCUGCGGGGUCCCCGCAGUGGCCAGCCUCCAAAGGCAARGGCAGAGUUCCCGGUGGGCCAAGGAAAGGGGAAGUCGCCAGCCAUGUCGAACGCAAUGUAUAAUAAAAUGUGGCACCAGACCCAAGAAGCCCUCAAUUCUUUGCUUGAUAAAGAGUCUCAGAAGCUGGUGGAGCAAGAGAAGAAUCCUGUCUACAUUUUCCAGAUGUUGGCCACCUUUUACAUAAAGUAUGUGCAGAUCUUCAGGAACCUGGAGAAUGUCUACGACCAGAUAGUCCACCCACAGAAGCGACUGCUGAUCCGGAAGAUCCUGGACGGGACGAUGGGUCGCAUCCUGGAGCUGAAGAACGACAUGGUGGAGCUGGAGUUGUCUGAGUUCCAUUACUUUGAUGAUAUCUUACAGGACCUGAAGUUGGCCCCUCAACAGUUGGAUAUUCCCAUCCCCAAGUACUUUUUGAAGGAGAAAAUAGAAGUAAUAAGAGAAAGAAAGAAAAUCCUUGCUCAGAUAUUAGCUGACAGUGGAUUAGACGCAACUAGCAUGAAAUUAGCCAUAAAGAGCAUGCCCUUCGAAGAGGCUAUUAAAUUAAUCCAGAUUGCUGAGCGGGCGCGGCAGGGCCGCCUGAGAGCCCUGUUCAUGAAGCAGAUAUACCUCCAGGAAUUCAGAGCAAAGCAGGCCCGGCUGCUCGGGGAGAAGGUUGCUGAUGCGGGGGCUGCCGCACUCCGCAUCCAGAAGGUCUGGAGGGGUUUCUGCCAGUCCAAGAGGACCGAGAGAGAGAGAGAAGAGGAGAUGAUAUUCCUGGGCAUGAAUCCCCCUCCUUUCUUCGACCAAGUCAGUGCCACCAUCAGGCAGGCGGAGAAGGUGAACCUGCUGCGCAGCGCGGUGCAGCUGCGGCACGAGGAGGGCUACAGGGAGGCCCUGGUGACCAUCAAGAACGACCUGCAGCAGACGGAGGGCCCGGACAUCAAGGAGAGCCUGCGGGAUCAGAUCCGGCAGUGGUUCAUCGAGUGCAGGAAUCUCACUGGCUCUUUUCCCGAGUUCCCCAAUGUAGAAGACGGAGGUUCUGCUAUGAUUUUUUCCAACAAGACCCCAGAACAGGUGAUUGAAGAUAUCCUUGCAAGCCAAGAAGAGGAAGAAAAGAACAAGAAGAAGGGAAAGAAGGCCAAAAAGGAGGAGAAGAAGAAGGUGGUGAAGGAGAAGCCCAAGGUAAAGGAAGAAGAGGAGGAGUGGAAGAUGUCAAGGAGCGCCUUCCUGCCCUCCAUGAAGGAAGGGAGUGACGUAUACAAAGACAYGUGGAUGAAUAAAGAUGAAUCUCAGAAUUUCCCUCAAGACUAUGACGAAGAGCUGAUCAAGAAGGAGAAACGGAAGGAGGUGGAGGCGGAGAUCAGGGUGCAGGUUGAUGAGCUGAUGCGACAGGAGCUGAAGAACUUAAAACUMGCAGUGAACAAGGAAAUGGAGCUUCCGGUCAGAGCAGGAAAGAAAGGGAAGAAAAACAAAGGGAAGAAAGGGAAGCGAGGGAAGAGGGGGAAGAAGGACAAGGACCUGACGGCCGACAGGACCAUCGAGUCUCUGUUCAAGGAGCUGGUGGAGGAAGGCCUGCUGAUCCAGGCUCGGAAAGUCAACCUCUCUGAUUACAUUGGUGAGUACAGCUACCUGGGGACCACACUCCGCCACGUGUCCAUAGAGCCCAUGCCUUCCCUCCUGGACGUCCGACAGCUCAUCACGCUCUACGGGAUCUUGCCUCUGGGGUCUGCCGCCGUGCACGAGAAGGCUCCCUUGGUGAAGUCCUUGCUGCUGGCUGGGCCGUCCGGGGUAGGGAAGAAAAUGCUGGUCCACACCAUCUGCACGGAAACGGGAGCCAACCUCUUCAACCUGUCGGCGGCCAACAUCGCUGGGAAGUACCCUGGCAAGAACGGCCUGCAGAUGAUGCUGCACAUGGUCUUCAAGGUGGCCAGGCAACUCCAGCCAUCCGUGGUUUGGAUCGAAGACACAGAGAAAACCUUCUACAAGAAAGUUCCCAACAAUGAAAAGAUGAAUGAUCCUAAACGCCUGAAAAAACAACUACCCAAAAUCCUGAAGCUCCUGAAACCGGACGACAGGAUCCUGAUCGUGGGGACCACACAGCGUCCAUUCGAUGCUGAACUUCAGUCUUUCUGCAGAGCCUACCAAAAAAUUAUCUUGGUUCCCAGACCAGACUAUGCCUCCAGAUAUGUUUUGUGGAAACAAAUCAUUCAGCGCAACGGUGGAGUCCUCACCAAGGCCUUGAACAUCAGCUGCUUAGCAAAGGUCACCGACGGCUUCACCCAGGGAAACAUAGUCAAAGUGGUUAAAGGUGUGCUCACGGACAGGAGAAUCCGGCAGCAGAUUCAAAAGCCACUCACCCCAGCGGAGUUCAUCCCGUUGAUAGCCGGCAUGAACCCAGUGUACAAAGAGGAAGAAGAGUGCUUUAAGGUAAGCAGCACCCACAGCCAGAGGCGGGCGGACACUGGCCGCAUGACCUCCUCCCUCCGGCUUGCAGGUCCACGAACCUGA